UGUAGCCACUUCAGACCAGGACUCUUAACUUUCCAUAUCAUGGUUAGAGUCAGAAUUCAAAUACUGUAGAAUUGGAGCUACGGUAUGCCUGACCCAUAACCUGAUUCUAGACAUUUAUUUUUAUGUCAUUUUUGUUUGCUUAUUAUAGGAACAAGAUGGAAAAACAGUCCCAGUCCCCACAAAAGACAAGAUGUGAAAUGGAGAAGUAUCUGACACCUCAGCUUCCUCCAGUUCCUAUAAUUCCAGAGCAUAAAAAGUAUAGACGAGACAGUGCCUCAGUCGUAGACCAGUUCUUCACUGACAGUGAAGGGUUACCUUACAGUAUCAACAUGAACGUCUUCCUCCCUGACAUCACUCACCUGAGAACUGGCCUCUACAAAUCCCAGAGACCGUGCGUAACACACAUCAAGACAGAACCUGUUACCAUUUUCAGCCACCAGAGUGAAACGACUGCCCCUCCUCCGGCCCCGACCCAGGCCCUCCCCGAGUUCACCAGUAUAUUCAGCUCACACCAGACCGCAGCUCCAGAGGUGAACAAUAUUUUCAUCAAACAAGAACUUCCUACACCAGAUCUUCAUCUUUCUGUCCCUCCCCAGCAGGGCCACCUGUACCAGCUCCUGAAUACACCGGAUCUAGAUAUGCCCAGUUCUACAAACCAGACAGCAGUAAUGGACACUCUUAACGUUUCUAUGUCAGCCGCCAUGGCAGGCCGUAACACACAACCUGUCAGAUACAAUAGAAGGAGUAACCCUGACUUGGAGAAACGACGCAUCCACUACUGCGAUUACCCUGGCUGCACAAAAGUUUAUACAAAGUCUUCUCAUUUAAAAGCUCACCUGAGGACUCAUACUGGUGAAAAGCCGUACAAGUGCACCUGGGAAGGCUGCGACUGGAGGUUCGCGCGGUCGGACGAGCUGACCCGCCACUACAGAAAGCACACGGGUGCCAAGCCCUUCCAGUGUGGGGUGUGCAACCGCAGCUUCUCCCGCUCCGACCACCUGGCCUUGCACAUGAAGAGGCACCAGAACUGAGCACCACCUAUGCAAGCUCCCACCACGCCACAGGCAGGGGGGCAGCCCUUGCAACAACAAAUUAAACUAUUCAUAUAUAUAUAUAUACAUAUAUAUAUAUAAAAGAAAAGAAAAGAAAAAAGAAAAAAAAACUGGAAAUGUAUAUUUUGUAUAUUUGAGAAAACAGGGAAUACAUUGUAUUAAUACCAAAGUGUUUGGUCAUUUUAAGAAUCUGGAAUGCUUGCUGCAAUGUACAUGGGUUUACUCAAGCAGAUUUCAUCUCACGACAGGUAGCCACAUCUCGACGUGGGCGAGGGGCGGGGGUGCAGGGGUGCGUGUGGAGUGUUUUUACCCAGGCGCCAUCAUUUAACGUGACAGUGUUUAGUAAACAAGUCAGUUGGCAGGCGCCGCAGGAGAGGAUGGAUUGUAUGUCAAGAUUUUACUUGACUUUCAGUAAUUUUUUUAAAUAUUAGAUAAUUCCUUAGAAGUACACAGGAAUCUGGCAAUUCACAAAUAGCCAUUGAACAAAUGUGUUUUUUAAAUACACACACACACACACACACACAUAUAUAUGAGUUGCCUAUAUUUGCUACUCGAAAUUUUGUAAAUAUGCAAAUCAGCUUUAUAGCUUUAUUACAACUUUUUACGAUUCUUUGGGGAAAAAAAAUCAAUUCAUUUGAAAAUAACCAUGAAUACACUUUUAGUUAGAAUUUGUGGUAAGAUACCUCUCAAAACGUUACCAAAUUUAUUUCUCUGGGGGAACGAAUAAUCAUUCAAAUGAACUUUAAAAAGCAGAUCUCAUGCACUGAUUAAAGUAGGAUUGUUUAUUUUCAAUACAAAAGAUGUUUUAUAUGAAUUGUAAACUGAAGAGCUUCAAGAUAGUUACAAUAUACAAAAGUUAAACCUCUUACAAUAAGCUAAGCAGUAUCAUUUUUAAAAGAAGAACUUAUAAGUUUUCAAAACAUGCAGCCAUGUUGACUUAUGAUGCAGUUUUCAUGUAUGGAAACGUUGACUUUAUGAUGCAGUUUUCAUAUACAGAGAUGUUUGCAGUACUGUGGGUUUAAUAUCAAUUUAUGCGGAUUUUGCAUGUAAUAUACAGUGAGACACAGUAAUUUCAUCGAAAUUACAGUGCAGUGUAGUUCUCUAUUGUUAAUACUGACUCAGUGUCUGCCUUUAAGUAUAAAUGAUAUGUUGAAAACUUAAGGAAAUGAGUGCUACAUAUAUGCAAUAUAAACGAGUAAUGUGAUGCUGAUGCUGUUAACCAAAGGGCAGAAUACAGAAGCAAAAUGCCAAAAGGGGUCUUAAUUGAAAUGAAAAUUUAAUUUUGUUUUUAAAAUAUUGUUUAUCUUUAUUUAUUUUGUGGUAAUAUAGUAAGUUUUUUUAGAAAAAAUUUUCAUAACUUGAUAAAUUAUAGUUUUGUUUGUUAGAAAAGUUGCUCUUAAAACACGUGUAAAUAGAUGACAAGCGGUGUAAAUAAUUUUGUAAGAGGCUUCAAAAUGUUUAUACAUGGAAACAUACCUACAUGAAAAGCAUAAAUCAGUGGCUGUUUUGCUUCUUUUUCCCUCUUAUUUUUGUAUUGUGGUCAUUUCCUAUGCAAAUAAUGGAGCAAACAGCUGUAUAGUUGUAGAAUUUUUUGAGAGAAUGAGAUGUUUAUAUAUUAACGACAAUUUUUUUUUUGGAAAAUAAAAAAGUGCCUAAAAGA